AUGAGGCGUGUAUCAGUCAAGCCACCCCGUCUGGAGCUCCUUCGCAAGAAUGAGCUCCCCAUGGGAUUCCCGAUAAUGGAUUUCCACAGUGUAGUUCUUUCAAGGUACAAUCUUGUCAAAGAAGCCGAGCCGAAGCAUCCUGUCAGUCUCCCCAGCACAACUAACAUGGUCCAAGAAUCAAACUUCAUACACGGGAGCGGCAGACGUCGUCGCACGGCCGUCGCCCCGAACAGACUCCAGGGCCUUCCCUUGAUCGAGGAACCGGGCCAGUGGUUCCUCUCAGAACUUUCCCCCUCGCACAGACUCGGCCCUGAUUCAUACCUCGCUCUCCGACCUCUUCUUCUCGGUUUUAAUCCGUCCGCUUGCAUGGGCGCGAGUAUCAGAACGUUCGGGAUUCUAGGCCUCCUUCUUCGGCGCUUCUCCUUGCCGUCGUCAUCAAGGAUCCGUUUUCGAAGGCUUCUUCAUGAAUCAGGUUCUUGUCAUCUCGAUGGAGUCUUGUUCAUGACUUCAUGGUCAACGGGGGGUGAAUAUCGCCGAGUUGUUCGGAGGUCUGGUUCGGACAGCGAACAACAGAUUGAGACGCCGUCUGAAGUGACUGGCAGUGAACUAGACGCGGAUGAGAGAGGAACAAUUUUGAAGGUGCCGUUCGCACCGAGUAGGGGUGCACAAGACCGAUUCAAGAUGCGCUGUUUGCUUACCCGCCCAACCUGGCCAUUCGAACCGUCAAACAUCCUCAAGUCGGAGAACGAUUGCCGUAAAACUGUCGUUUCCCAACGAUCUGGCCAUGCGCCGAUCGUCCUUCUCCUGUGGCCAAUCAUAUUGACGCCAAUUCACGGUGAGCCCAAGAAGCUAUGGAGCUUCCCUGAGCUUCCAGGUCCCGGCUUGCCUACCAACCACCAGCGUAUCGUGCCAGUGCAAUUUCCACCAUGUUGGCAGGCAAAUAGACUGGCCUUGGCUCAGUGCGAUCUUCGGAGGGUUAAUUCAAGAGCCCAGAGUCAAGCCUCAACGGUUCGCCCUGUCCGCCAUCUGGCCCUGAGCGACUGGCCAGUGAUGUCGAGCGAGAGAACCCCAUCCAGGCCAGGCAUGCCCAGCCGACAAGGGCGAUCAUGGGGUUGCAGCAUGUCUUGGUUGGCAGGCGUGGCAGGGCAGGGCGGUACCUAUGUUACGACGAUUCUUUGUGACAAUCCCAGGGGCGACCACAGCGAAAGGAGAACUUGCGAUCCAAAGAGGCCAGAGUCCAGAGUCCAGGACGGAAGCUCGACGAGAGUGUCCAAGAACGGACGACGAAAACAGGAACGGGAAGCGCUACGAUGGCCAAGCCAGCCGUUGCUGAAGAGAGAGAAUAAUAGCGAGGAUGGAUGGAGACGACGGAAAAAGGACGCCAAUGCGCGUCUCGGUCAACAAAUCUUCAAGUGGCAGACCAGCCGUGCCUUAGCCCUGAGCGAGUCUGACGUGCGCGGGUGUGAGAGCGAAGGAAGUGUGAGCUGGCUGCUGAGUGUUGUACUCCGUUCAGAUGGCCGUGUUGGUGACGGUUGCUUGGGCUUGGGGGCAAAGGGACGGGAAGCCGGCGUGCAUGUACCGGGGGACCCGCAGCUGGCCCAAGCUCCUCAACGUCUCGAAGCUUUUGGUUUCCCUUCCAAGUUCCCUGUCCUUCUUCUCGCCUGUCCCCCGUUUCUGUCUUCUGUUCCUGCUCGCCUCGAGUUCCCUCACCCCAAGCACCAAGCAGGGACCUGGAGACUGUCAAGGCGAAAGUCAACCCGCGCUGUCAGAGUCAAUAACGCUUCACGCUUCCCCGGUGCACAGCCUGGGAGCCAGCCAUGCCAUACGGAGUACCAUGCCAUGCCAACUCAGCUCAACAAGCAUUUUGAUGGAUACCUGACGUUUCGAUGGUCAUAUUCUCAAGUUAAUGCCGUCCCUGAAAAUCAUCACAAACAUCGACACCUAGUCGUGGAGCAAGCCACCGAUACUGGCUGUGUAUUCACUGGCGCGCCCAGGCGACUCUAUCAUGCGACGGAUCUGUGGAAUCCCAGUUUGGGACCAGCCAGGCUUGAAAGGGUUAUGGAUGUCUCUAUUUCUGUUGAGGAGGGCGUGUCUAACAACACCCAGCCCGUUCCUUAUCGGUAUCACCGGGAACCCCCCAAGAGCCCAUGGGGACUCUGCUUCGUCUGCUUCGUCUGCUUCGUCUGCUUCGUCUGCUUCGUCUGCUUGACCAACGUCGUCCCCUGCAUCUUCAGUGUCAAUCUCUUAGAGGGAACCGCUCGUCAUCCCCCCUCCAUCAUGUUUCCUCGCCUUCACACCACCGCAACUCGCUCCCAGUUCGCAGUUGGCACUAGUUUAGACUCGCACAACCAAGCAAAUCACUGCACGGUGAUACCAACCGCGAAUUUGAUAGGUUUCUGGGUUGGGGUUGGCGGAAUAGGCUCGGCCGUUCUCGCUCAGUCUUCCACCCUCCUCCCUAUGGACAAAAGCGCUAUGGCAACCCACGCUCGCCUACUCCUACCUUACUGCUUACCUCCCGUCCGGUGCCCGCCUUGGCAGGGUCACGAAGCUGCUUCAUCGCAGUACCCGACCACCUCGAAGAAACCAAGUGAACCACCGAACCCAGUCCAGGCUCCACGGGUAGAGUCUUCUUUGCCUGAACGUGCUCAUCGCAUACACGUGCCCCAUCCUUGCUCUCUCUCGUCCUUGCGCAUCGAUGGAUAUGUCUCUCUUGUCUCCAGCGCCUCGUUUCCUGCCAAGUUUAGAUAUAGAAUUGGCACGAUUGGCACGGUUAGAAUCUGUAACCCUGGGUUCAGCGCCAGUAGAUCCCAGAUCCAGGAGCGGUUGGCUGGAAAUACAUGCCAUACCCGCGCCAUUCCCCUCCCGUCGUCAGCUCACGCGGCGCCCCGCGCAGAUCGGGGCGGUCUGGUGCCCAGACUGCUGAGUGCUCCCCGACUCCUGCUUGGAUUUCUGUUGUAUAAUAGUUGGAAAAUAGUGUGGCCACUACGGAUGCUCAUCCGCAAUACCCACCAAGCUACGUACAGCCAGUCUGGCGAUGGACUUGCCCAUAGUUCGUCGGCUCCUCUGGAAACCAGAAGGACGAGACCAACUGCAUCCGCGGGGAACAGACUAAACAAGACUCGCCUUAUGUGCAUGCGUGGUGGCACAAUAGCGUUCCCACCCAUGGGGCAGAAUGCCGACACAUACAUUGAGCCCAGAAAGUAUGCGGAAACGGAUACCAAGUGCCUGCUGGCAAGGGUAUCUCACCCACUCCCGGCACCCGGCUCUCACCCUCCGCCAAAGGCCAAAGGCCAUGCCAUGCCAUGCAGGCUGUCCUCCGCCGUUCACCGGACCUCCGGGUACAUCCACCUCCUUCGUACCUCUUACACGGACAACGGGCGCGACCUGUACUUUGACCCUGAUUCCACGUUUCUCAGCAACGCAAGUACCUUUCUUUUCUCAUUCCCUCAUAAUGUAGGUUCAGAUAGGAUGCAACUCUUACCGUUUACCUUGGUCUGCCACCAUACCACACUCUCACUCACUCACCACUUCCACCGGCACAACCGCAACCGCCGUUCUCAUCCCAUCCCAUCCCCGAACCCAGACCAGACCUGGGACCGCCCUCCCCCUCCCCUUCUAUCUCUGUCUCUCUGUCUCAAUCUCAUCCCACCGCUCACUCCGUCGCAUCUCAUCCCAUCCAUGCCCCUACCCUCUCCCCAAUCCAAACCUGUCCAAACGUAUUCGCCGGCCCACCCUGGCCAAGUCCCCGUUCCAGUUCCCAGUGUUCCAGUUCCAGUUCCGGGGGUCGUCAGACAAGAGAGGGUGUGUAUCUACGCCCUGUGUGCAUGGAGCUCUGUCUCGUUGUCUCUGAUCUCUGAUCUCUCACCCGCCCUUCCCUCCUUCCGUGCCAAGCCUGAAGCAACCUCUCACUCUCACCUCACAUCUGAGUCUCAAGACAUCGUCACCAACCUCUUCCAACAAGCUAUCAGAACUACGAGCCUGGUCGGCACUUGA